GAACACUGCUGUUAUUGCAAGAGCAGACACUGUCCCUCUGUUGCGCCCCUGUUACACAGAGAAGACAUUUAUAUACUGUGAAGAUGGUGAAAUCUUUUGGCUAAACUGGUCAUACAUGUGUGCUGGCAUGAAGUGGGUGUUAUGUGCCCUACUGGUUCUUGUCUGUGUGCUGGGAGCUGAUGUUGGUAAAGCUGAGGCGGUAUGCCCACAAGGCUGUUUCUGCACAGCUGCCGUGGUGGACUGUAGCAGUCGUGGACUCACCACUGACACGCUGCCUUCAUCUUUCCCUGCGAGCACCACUGAACUUCGGCUCCACAAUAAUCACCUAACGGCGUUGCCCACUGGACUGCUGGACGGCAUGCAGGCGCUGCAACUGGUCACGCUGCAUGGGAACCCGUGGGAGUGUGACUGUGCCGUGCUCUAUCUGAGGGGAUGGCUGAUAAAACAGAACAAUGAUGCUUUGAAAAGAAAUGUGAGCUGCAAUUCUCCUCCUAGCCUGCAGGGGAGACUAGUGGCCUACCUAUCUGAGGAGGUGGUGCUUAACUCCUGUAAUUAUUGGCUGUGUGAUCUGGCCUUGGCCUCACAGAUUAGCUUGUUCAUCUUUAUAGUGGUGCAAGCAAUCCUCCUUGCUGUGGUGGUCUACUUCCUCCGCCAUUUCAGCCAGCUGAGCAUUGAUGCACAGCGAGCAGCUGCAGAAAGCUUUGACAGCUGAGACAAACAGCAUCUCACAAAUCAAAGAGUGUGUCUCACUAAACAACAAAAGCUCCUCAUGUGCAAAGCUGAGGAAUCUCUAUUCACACCACACUGGCUUUAUUUCACUACACUCAUCAACAUCUUGUCACUAUUUUAAUCCUUCUUUUAACCUUUAUCUGCUCAGGCAUAGGGUUGUUACGUGACCCAGGAGAAGACUGAGGGAUUAAGGCAACAUAAUCCGAGACGUCACAGGAAUUUCAUUUUUCAUGUUUGGAAGAUCCGUGCAUGUCAAAGUCAUCCUGUCUGCUUUUCAGGGUUCAUUCGUUCUUAAAAUAUUAGUACAACAAUGUUGUUAAAGUCGUCAACCAAUCAAAAUAGGCUUCAAAUUUUGACCUGUAAUACUGGUUACCCCGAACCUAAAUUCUCCAAAGAGAAGUAACUAAAGAGAAACUCCUCCCACUAACAUUUUCAGCCACAGUUGCAUAAUCUGUACACGUUUGCUUUUCAUAUUCACAGGUACAUGCUUAAAUAAAAUGUUGAUGUUUAUAUGAUGAUAAUGUAUUCUGCAUUAGUGAAUUGAUUGUGCCACUCUCUGUGAAGCUGAAUAGUCACACUAACCAUACCAGACCAAUAAACAAAGUUACAGCACCACUGUGAGAAGAUCAUUCUAAUAAAGCAUUUGAGAAUGAUAGCUAGCUAAAGAAUAUAUUUGCCUAAACAAAACCUGCCCCCCCUCCAGGACAUAUGAUCAGAAAUGUCCAACUGACUAGAACCAUUUUAAGCAGCGUUAGCGAAAUUUGUUUAGGAGUUUCUAAAAGCCCUAUUGGGCAUUAUUUGCUAAGUAUCACGUUAAUAUGGUGUUGGCUCUGGUACAAUCCGAGUAAUACAGCUUUCAUUGGCUGCCAACUCAGUGUGACCAAAUUUCUGGAGAUUUCAGGCGUGGGAAGAGCAGUGGCCUCAAAUGAUCAGAAACAGCCCUGCAUACACUAUAGAUAAUGAUGAGGGGAAGUUGAGGACAGCGUGUUGAAAACAGUAAUGAAAUGGCCCAGUGAGACAAUUGAAAGAGGCGCUCAUUACAUCCUGCUUUACUUUACUAGUUAUGGAAUAUGAAAUAGCAUUUGAUAGAUUCAUGCCAGUCAAACUUUAGAUAUUGGUUAAAACAAUUAUUCACCUCAUAUGCAGUGAUUGCAUUCACACAGCAUUUGUACUGAAUGUUUUUCAUGAAAUAUAUUUCUAAAGGAAGCUCCUAAAAAGUUACUUUUUUUUUUUCCUUCAAUAAAAUCACUUUGUAAUUUG